ACUACAUUACCCACAAUGCCACUCGCUAACUCCCCGGACGUCAAUCCGCUUGCCUUCGUACGACUGGAGCUGGUCGACACGGGAUCCUCCGGUUGCUUUGCACGGGAGCCCAAGAUGUCUUCGCCGGAUUCGGACGCGAAUAGUCGCAGGAGGAAGAGGCCGGCUGAAGACCCUCAAGAUCCUCCACCGGAACAAGAAGAUGACCAGACAACUGUCAAAGGUUCACAAUAUCACUCAGUGGCCACACACCAACCCGCAUCUCCUGCCCAGUGCGCAAGAAAAUACCCGUCAGCACAUUCUCAUCCAAGCCAUCAGCCCCAUGAUGACAGCUGGGAGGAGAUUCAAAGCUUAAGAACCAUCAGAGCCGAGAACGAAGUAGAAGCCAACAAGCUGGUCAACAACUACAGAUUUGGCUUUCGAAAAUGGAAGAGCCACGUGACCGAGCGUCCCUUUGAAGAGCGAUCUGAAGUGGUGAAAGAGCUCUACUCAGAACUCAACGUCAUCAAGCCACAUACUGGUCCAGGCCAUCUCAUCACAUGUGGAAAUGUGCUGUAUGUGUUUCUAUUUGGUUGGUGGCUUUCCCUGAUGUACCUGCUGGUGGGCUUAGUGAUGUUCCUCACCGUCAUGGGUGCACCCUAUGGACAUCUCUGCUGGAAGCUGUCCUGUUACUUCUUGUGGCCAUUUGGAAAGUUAGUUCACCAGAUUGGCCAUCCAGGCAGACGUGAGCAAAUGUCUGAUUGCGAGUGCACCGUGGACUGGAUGGAGGACGACUCGCCUGUGCUGCUGCCGUCACCUGCCGAGAGUCCCGUGCCAGAGGAAGCAACCGAGCGACCGGCGCAUUCUGGCUACUGGUGUCGUUUCUCCACGUAUGUGUGGUUGUUACUGGGGUAUCCUCCGCUGGUGAUUCUCCACUCUCUGAUUUGCCUCCUCUCCUGGAUCUUGGUCUUCACCAUUCCUGUUGCCAAGAUGAACGCGCGCGCUUUUGUCGUCAUCCUUCUCUUGCCUCCGGAGGAUGUGUGUGUGUCAGCCAGUUUGCAGAGCAAGCGUGAAGGUUCCAAAAGCCGGACGCUGCUGUGUUGCUACCAUGCAGCAAACUGGUACUACUACAAGUAUACUGUUGAUGGCAUCAAUGUUUUUGCUGUCAACCUCCUCCCUCUUGUCAUAAUCGCUUUGAUAAUCGGCUACGUCGACCGAGAAAACCAGUACACCAGCUCCGACGUCAAGUUCGCCAUAGCAACCGUCUCCAUCAUACCAUUGUCGUACUACAUCGGCAUGGGCAUCGCCAGCAUCUCGGCCCAGAGUAACUUCGCCGUGGGCGCCGUCGUCAACGCCACCUUCGGCUCCAUCACCGAGUUGACUUUUUACAUUACGGCUUUGGUGAGAGGUCACCGGGCAGCCAACCCGUGCCUGCAGGAGGUCGUGAAGGCGGCGCUGACCGGCACGCUUCUCGGUUGCAUCCUCUUCAUCCCCGGUAUCUGCAUGAUCAUCGGCGGGUUGAGACAUCGCGAGCAGAGAUUUAACAGCCGCUGCACAGGAGUCAGCUCUGCACUGCUCUUCAUUUCCGUUGGAGGCGUCUUCGCCCCGACAAUGUUCUCCAAGGCUUAUGGGAACUUUGUGUGCGACUCGUGCACCAAUUCCACGUCAAGCAACACCACGAGCAACAUCAGCGGCCCGUUCAUCUGCCGCAACUGUCACUAUGAUGUGAACAACGGGACACUGUUUCAUCACCAUGUUCAGCCCCUGGUGUACACCGUGUCGGCCCUCUUGCCCGUGGCUUACAUCAUCGGAUUAAUAUUCACGCUCAAGACACACUCCCACAUCUACGAGAUCCACGUUGGAGACAGACAGGGUAGGAUUAUAUUCCCCCCUAUGAUGCUAAUUGAUGCUAAUUGUCACGGUCUUUUGGAACCAGAAAGCGGUCACCAGCAGCAUGGCGGUCCGGUAGUUCACUGGUCCCGAUGGAGGUCUCUACUCAUCCUCAUCUUGGCCACCGUGUUCACGUCGGCUUGCGCCGACCUGGCCACGGAACAUAUCCAGCCCAUCCUUAAUCAGCCUACAAUCUCCCAGUAUUUUAUCGGGGUAACAAUUCUCGCCAUGGUUCCCGAGAUCCCUGAGAUCGUCAACGGUAUCCAGUUUGCACUUCAAAAUAAUAUAAGUCUCAGUUUAGAGGUAGGAAGUUGCAUCGCUGUGCAGGUCUGCAUGCUUCAGAUUCCGAUCCUCGUCUUGUUCAAUACCUUUUACGAUGUGGGCUUUGUGCUCUUGUUCAGCGACUUGCACCUCUGGACCAGUAUCUUCAGCGUGAUUCUGGUUAACUACAUCUUCAUGGAUGGCAAGUCGGAUUAUUUUCAAGGUACAGCUCUGGUAGUUGUCUAUCUGAUCCUAUUGGCUCUCUAUUACUUUGCUCCAUCACCAGCAGGCUGCUGACUUGGAGGACCUAUUCUCCACACUACUCACAAAAAUGGGGCAAAAAUACUUUUAAUAUACAGAUUAACUUAAUUUUCUAUUAAAUUGUGAUGUUUUAGGGAACUUUCGGUUCAUCCUGAAAUUUUACACCAAAGUCAAACAGCCCAACCUUUUUGUGAGUAGUGUGUAUAACGAAUGGACAACAAAAGGAAGUGCUUCAACGUUAGCAUUGAUGCUAACAUUGUAACUCGUGUGGCGUGUUUGCACAAGUAAAUUAUAAACCCCAAAGAGUUUAAUAGUCACCAAUACCACUCCGUGUUUUAAAACUUGAUCCUGAUAGAACUUUAACCAAAUAUUUCAUAUUGAUGUUCAGAAUUAAGCAUAUUCAUGAAUAUUAGGAAGGUUCUAUCCUUUCUUGUGACUGUUACGACAGGUGCAGCUAAAUAAAUGAAAAAAAGAGUCAAGUUUAUGUCAGUGGUUCAACUCAAAAUGUAAACCAUUUACGAAGCAUUGGAAAACUUGUCCAUGAUAUUUUAAUUUAUUAAGAGGAAGAGGCAAAUAUUCUAUUUUGUAUUUUUGUUUUAGAGAUAAAUACCGUAAUUUUCGGACUAUAAGUAGCACCGGAGUAUAAGUCGCACCAGCCAUAAAAUGCCCAAAAAAGUGAAAAAAAAAAACAUGUAUACAAGUCGCUCCUGAGUAUAAGUCGCCCUCCCCACCCAAACUAUGAAAAAAACUGCGACUCAUAGUCCGAACAUUACGGUAAUAGAACAAUGUGCACUUUUUUUUUUUUACCUCAGUGUGUCAAAAUAGUUUGUGAUAUUUUAAUACGAAAAAAUGACAGUUUGUAAUUGUGGCAAUAUACUCCUCCAUACAAAUAUUUGGAAAAAAACGGUCUGCCUGACUUUUAUUGCACAACAAGAAUUAGACAAAUUUACAGAAUCAAAUAUGGCAUGCCAACAUGCAGGAGAGAUCACAAGCGUCACAAAUAGAAACAUCUCCAACACAAGCAAGGUCUACUUUGAACACUGCAGCAGACUGACUUAACAAAUGGGAGAAAAGUGACAAUGCGGCAAAAUUACAUUUCCAUUACAGUGCUGAAUGUGUCCCGAGGUUAAAAGUGUGCUUUUCAAAACUGUACCUUUUUACAGUUUAAAAAAAAAAAAAUCAUGAAUAGUAAAAUAAUGUUCUUUAUGACACAUUUCGGGCAACAUUUAGUUAUAAAAACAAGCAAACACAACAACAGAGGAGUAAACAGCAGCACGUUGAUUUAAAACAAUUUAGUGGCUUAGUGUAACCUGCACGCAACCAGCACCGUCAAUGAUAAAGAGGAAUCGUAGCAUUCAAAAGGCACCAGAUGGAGAAAAAAAACAAGACUGCAAGUGUAAAAUUAAAAAAACAAAACAAAAAAAACACUAGGAGGAGGCACUAGAAGUCACAGUGAUAACAUAAAAAAAAAAAAUCCAUUCGAAUAAUCACAUCUGAACAUUACACUUCCAGCUUCUGU